ACACCACCGAGACCAUUUUUUUUUGUCAAGCUCGCCUGUUUGAAAAGGAGAAAAUAAAAAAGGCGAGGAGGGGAAAUGUCGGAACUGACAGUCACAGAAUUCAGCCUCAAGAGCCUCUGUGCCAAUGAUGGGUCUCUGACUUACACCACCAUCCUCAGGGAAGUUGGUAGCCGUUUCGGGGUCUGUGGGCAGGACGUAGACCGAGCCCUGAGCAACACUCAACACUUCGCUUUGGUGAAAUGUCCUGGAGCCCUGGGGUCCAACCUGGUCAUCGCUGUCACCUCGGUCAGGCUGUGCAAGAACUAUCCGAACAGAGACUGUGAGGACUGUGGCAAGCUGCACUUAUGUCGCCGCUUUAUCUAUGACGACUGUAGACCAAACAAAGCCGAGAAGCCCUGCUCAAAUUCUCAUGACCUCCAGUCCCCUCACAAUCAGGCCGUCUUGAGUAACAAUGGACUUCGCAACCUGGACAUUAAAGAACUGCGUCAGCUGCUCCUGCAGAAUGACCCCACCCUGCUCCCUGAGGUCUGUGCCUUUUACAACAAGGGGAAUGCUCCCUAUGGUUCUUGCAACUACAAACAGAAUUGCAAAAAACUUCACAUCUGCCUUCAGUUUGUUCUGGAGGCCUGUGCGCUCGGGGACCAGUGUGAGCGAUCCCACAGCUUCCUGGAAAGCCGGAUUUUGCUGGAGAAUUGCAGAUUGAACAUCGAAAUGAUCUGUGACGUGCCGUCCGUUUAUCGUAACAUCUGCGAGAUCAGGAGAAGGGAGGCUGACAAAGCUAAGGGGCCAUCACCUAGUCUCUCCCCCAAUAACCCCAGCAAUAACGUGGGGAGUGAGGAGAUCUGCUUGUUCUUUCUGAGGAAGCACUGUUCCUUUAAAGAUCGGUGUAAGCUGGUUCACUUCAACCUCCCUUAUCGAUGGCAGGUUUACGAGGGUGGGUGGAUAGAUCUCCCAGACAUGGAGCAGAUUGAAAAGGAUUAUUGCGACCCUAAAAUCGUAGGCAGAGCAGUGCCCCCAGCUGUUAACUUCAUAACCAUGACUAACCACUUGAACAGAGUGAGGCGUCUGUCCACCGUCUCUUCUGUUACUAAGCCUCAGCACUACACCCUGACCACUGAAUGGCUCUGGUACUGGCAGGCUGACACUGGAGAGUGGAUCGAAUAUGGUAAACAGCAAGGCUCCGACACUCCCUCAGUCACAUCCAACGAUCUGGAGAACUUGUAUUUGGCAGACAGCAAAGAGAAUGUCAUAUUCAUGAUUGGGGGUUACCAUUACACUGUGGAUUUUGAAGCGAUGAUCCAGAGAAACCUGCUCCUUGAAACGUGCAGGGAAAUCCGAAGACGACCUCGGUUCAUUACAGAACAGGAGAUGGAAAGGCAGAUGUACAGGAAUGAUAAGGUAAAAGCGGACGCAGCCCAAAGCAAACCCGUUCCCGCACACUGGGACAUGUCAGCUCAGCCAACCACUGGAUAUAAGCUUGUCCUCUUGCCCAAGUCCUCGGAGGAAUAUAAACGGGUGCAGGCCCUCUUUCAGCGGACAAUGAGGAACAAUGUGAUCCAGAAAAUCGAACGAAUCCAAAACCAGGCCCUUUGGGAAGUCUUUCAAUGGCAGAAAGAGCAGAUGAUGAAGAAAAAUGGUGGCAAAGAGGUGGUCGAGAAGCAUCUUUUCUACGGUUGGAACUCUUCACCCAUUACGAGCGUCUGUGAGGGGAACAUUGACUGGAGGACCUGUGGGACACACGGAGAAGGAUACGGGAAAGGAAGUUACUUUGCCAGAGACGCCUCCUACGCAGACAACUAUUUCUCAACCAACUCGGCCACCAAGACGAUGAUUUUAGCAAGGGUUCUGGUUGGCCAGUUUUUCAAAGGAAGGGCAGAUUACUGUCGACCACCUUCGAAAGAUGCCACACACACCAAUCUAUAUGACAGCUGCACAGACAAUGACGCCAACCCAUCGAUCUUCGUCAUAUUUGAGAAGCACCAAAUCUACCCAGAGUACGUCAUCGAGUACAGCAACAAAGUUGGCUUCUUCCAAUGGAUGCUGGGAGUUUUCUCGGGACAGUCUGCCAAGUGACGGCCGCCUUAUGCCAUUUUAUCUGCAGCCCAUGCACUGUCUCAGUCUGGUUGCUCGUUCUUGGUUCAGCUCACUCACUCUCUCCACAGUUGACCAUUAAUCAUUAAUCAGCCAUUCCAAUGGGGUAUUUAGUCAAGCGGAGCAACCUAAAUUGUUUUUUGUUUUGUCCGUGGACGUGUGAUGAGCAACCCAAUCAGUUAUAAUAAGUAAAUUUUGUUACAGGA